UUUAGCUGUCGUGCACAAAUCGUCAGCAAAACAUCGUCUGCAUAGCAGCGCUCUCACAAAACUUAACUGUCCCUUGUCCAAACCCUCUUCUCUCCGCUGUGGAACCAUCCCCAAUCCGUCCGCUCACUUUUCCGUCGCGCCGCCGCCUCCCAGUCCCCCCUUGGAGGCAACCGCUUCUGCCAUCGCCGCUGGCCCUAAUCGAGAGUUCCAACCGUCGCCGACCCCCGUCCUCCUUCCAACUCCCACAAUGGCAUCAAUAGCGAGGGUGCCGUCAAGGUGCACAGCAGAGACGGCGCGGGCCACGGUCGCGUUCGAGAUCGCCGGCUACAGCCGGCACAAGGGCCUUUUUAGAGGCAAAUUCCUCCGUUCUCCUGCAUUCUCCAUCGGCGGCUACGAAUGGUGCGUCCGCUACUACCCCGAUGCCGAGGAGAGCGAAGGCCAUGUCUCUGUCUACCUCGAGCUCUUGACCAAGAACGCCGAGGUGAGGGCGCUCUGCAGCUUUAUGCUUGUGGAUCCGGUUAAAGAGAAGUCGAUUGUGGUGCACUCUUUCAAGGAACCACGAGUGUUUAACGGUAAAUGGCCAUCAUGGGGCCUGCUAAAGUUCAUAAAGAGCACCCCUGAAGUAGAGUCCCUGUACCUGCGGAACGAUUGUCUCGUGAUCGAGUGCGAAGUCAGUGUUAUCAAGGAAACACUCGAGAUCCAUGUGCCACCCUCAGACCUUUCGGAUAAUCUUGCAAAAUUGCUAGAGGGGAAAGGAGCAGACCUGACUUUCAAGGUUCGAGGGGAGGUUUUUUCUGCUCAUAAGAUUUUGCUUGCGACGCGGUCGGCGGUCUUCGAUGCGGAGUACUACGGGCCGAUGGGGGACAAAGGGACACAUGAAAUAACUAUUGAUGACAUGCAGCCUGCUGUUUUCAAGGCAUUUCUUCACUUCAUCUACACGGAUUCAAUGCCUUCCAUGGACGAUCUCGAGGCUGAUGACAAAAGAGAAAUGGUUAAGCACGUACUUGUGGCUGCAGAUAAGUAUGCCAUGGAAAGGAUGAAGAUGGUAUGUGAACACAUGUUAUGCAAGAGUCUUGAUGUUGAGAAUGUGGCGACCAUAUUAGCUCUAGCUGACCAGCAUAAUUGCAGAAAUCUCAAAGAUGCUUGCAUUGAAUUUAUGCUCUCUUCGAAUAGAAUGAAUGAUGUGAUCGCAAGUCAAGGGUAUGUACAACUCAAAAGAUCUUCGCCUGAUAUCAUUGUAGAUGUGUUGGAGAGGGCAGCCAAGUCCCGCAAAAUUUAGUACGCCAACCUGGUAUGAGCUAUUGUUUAUCCUUCCGUUCUGAUAGAUCUUUGGAGGCAAAUCAGUUAUGUUGGGUUGGAGAAAGUAAUUAAGUCUUUCUGAAUUUAGCAUGCCCGUCCUGGCUUAGCUUCUAUCCAGUUACUUUUUACACAGCCACAUGAGAUGAGGUUGCCAUCACUUGAAGUUUCCAGAGAUCUUUAGGAGGAAGCAGUUGGUUCUAUAAAAUGUAUGUCUCCAAUGUAUUGGUUAGCCCGUCUGAUAUAAGUACAUAUGAAUCAAUGGUAGCUCACUCGUUGCCCUUUUUACUUUAGUGUCUGGCUUAUGUGAAGAAUG